GAACGGAUUGGCCCAAUGGUCUUUAGCCAAUGCAUGAUCGAUGCCAGCCGAUGCGAUCCAAUCCACCAAGCAUGGCGUCCCAUGAAUGAGGUGCCGGGUUUGAGUUGAUUUAUUAUUCGUUACAUAAGUGCUUCGGCGUCGAACCAAAGUGUAUAGUUGCUGUGUGCUACGCCAAAUAGCGUGUGGUGAACAUGUCCGACACUUCUGAUACGUGGAAGGACCUUCAAGCUCUGAAAUGUCGCCAAAGCAGUCUGCGUGAGCGUCUGCAACGACGAAAGAAAGAGCGCCAAGAGAUUGUAAUGGGCAUCGCUGCUGGAGAUCCAAGCAGUCCACGGAGUAAUAGUCCAACUCCAAAUGCCGAACCAGCGGUGACAGCUAAGCGACCACGGAGUCCAACAGACGGAGGUGAAGAAGAGGAGCGUCAGCUACUUCUGUGUCUACUGGACGUAGCAUUGGCGCUUCCUACAGACUCGCGCCGUCUACAGUCCAGCGUCUCCCGAGCUUUGGGACGCGACGUAGAGCUGGAGGGUCUCCAGAGUCUCCUCAACAAAUUCUCAGCGCAGGAGCUGAUUGGACUCCGGCCGUGGACAACACCUGAGGGUACCCCUUGCCUGCAGGUGACAUGGGCGGAACACACAAAGCUUCAGGCGUUCUCGGACGCGCUACCUGGCCAACAGGAGUCACCCACAAAGCAAGCCCGAAGCCCCAAAGCGGAAGAACCUCAGGGACACGAAGGGGCGGAACAGUUGGAGAGUCUUCUGUCUCUUCCUUCCACCCGUCAAAAAGAGAACAAAGCCCUCGGACAGGAAAUCUUGGCCUUGCUUUCUAAACCCACUGCCAAAGAGCGUUCUUUAGUCGAGAAAUUUCGUUCAGCGGGUGGCGCCCAGGUGCAAGAAUUCUGCGCACAUGGCACCCGAGACGAAUGCCGUCGGGCAUCGUCAGGCGAUAUGGCGUGUACUCGGCUGCAUUUCCGGAAAAUCCUGCAGAAACACACAGACGAAUCCCUGGGUGACUGUUCCUUCCUGAACACGUGUUUCCACAUGGACACCUGUAAAUAUGUUCACUAUGAAGUGGAACAGCCUGCAAUCCAGCCUCCAAUGGAAAUUCGCGGCCCAGGAGCCGAAGGAGCAGCCACGGUCCUGCAACCUCCCCAAUGGAUUCAGUGCGACCUGCGGUACUUUGACAUGAGCAUUCUGGGUCAGUUCGCAGUAGUGAUGGCCGAUCCACCCUGGGACAUCCACAUGGAGCUUCCGUAUGGCACCAUGUCCGACGACGAGAUGAGGCAGUUGAACGUCCCGAGCCUGACUCAGGACGGACUCAUCUUUUUGUGGGUGACCGGACGGGCCAUGGAGCUCGGGAGGGAGUGCCUCAGGCUGUGGGGCUACCAGCGUUGCGACGAGAUAAUCUGGGUCAAGACGAACCAGCUCCAGCGGAUCAUUCGGACGGGGAGAACCGGCCAUUGGCUCAACCACGGGAAGGAGCACUGCCUCGUCGGCAUUAAGGGCAAUCCCAAGGACAUCAAUCGAGGCCUGGACUGCGACGUGAUCGUCGCGGAGGUGCGUGCCACCAGCCACAAGCCGGACGAGAUCUACGGCAUCAUCGAGCGGCUGUCACCAGGCACGCGGAAGAUCGAGCUCUUCGGUAGGCCACACAACGUGCAGCCCAAUUGGAUCACGUUGGGCAACCAGGUGGACGGAGUACGCCUGACGGAUCCGGAUCUGAUCCGCGAGUUCCGGAAACUGUAUCCUGACGGCGACUGCAUGAAGAAGCCCACCUGAACCUUGUACAUAUUGUUUCAAAGUUAUAAUUAAUAUUUUAUAGCGGCCUUA